UUGCUUCCCAGUAUAAACCCAACCACGACAUCGCCGAGCGUCUCUAUUCACCCACCUAACAAGUCUCGGGCCGCUUCCCUUACCGCUUGAGGAGGGAUUUUAGCUUAUCUUCAACUAUCGCUCAGCAUCUACAUUUAGAUUCACCCCUGCAACCUCCACGCCGCUCUCACUUCUCAUCCCUCCCUCAUCCUGAGUUUCCCGAGUUCAUCGUCCUUGGCUUGUUUGCAGCCAUUUUUCGAGGCACAUUACCAACAAUUUGUGAAACACAACCUUAAAGGAAACACCAUGACGACCAUAGAGAUCCCGUCUCUACCGGAUCCCGGCCCUGCUGAUGCAUCCCGUCCCCCCGAAACAAUAGAAGAGCGCUGCUUCUCGGCCGCUCUCAUCUGCCUCGAAGGUCACUAUACCAACUCACCUCCCAUGGGACCCCUGACCGCGGCCCGCGUAUCGUCAAUGGUUGCCAAGACACUAGAGAAGACACAUACCUUUAAGCAUGUCAGGGAGGUCCUUUCCCGGAACGUCGCCAUUUGGAUAUGGCUUACUAGGAUAUUCGGGGCUGCCAUCCCGAACCUGACCACUCGCUCCGUUGGGCCGUUGUCGAGCCUCAACGACCCAGAGAAGGGGGUCAGUCCGCAGGAGAGCACAGCUCUCAUAGCUAAGAACUAUGGGAACCUCAAGGACGACCUCCAGAUUCUCAACAAGCUCAUGCACAUUGCCCGAAACCUCCUCGUGACAUCGGAACCCGAGGUCCCCCAGGAUAUCUGCGCCGCAGUUCACUUUGAUCAGAUGGUCUAUCAAACCAUCAUUCUCUGUGUGAAUGUCACCAGCAAGGGAUACGAUGGUGAGAUUCUGGACGAAGCAUCCAGGUCCAAGCUGAACGAGAUUACGGAUCUAUACAAGAAGCUUCUUGUUACUUCACUUCAGCAAGCGCACAACUGGACAGCUAAGCAUGACCGCAACAAGAUGUCCUUUUGGUACGACGUGCUUUUCGACGAAGACGCACAAGUUGAUGGCCCCCAGGACGAUAUGGGUGAUGGCUCCGGGUUCCGUGUCGACGUGGCCAAGGUGGAGAUCCAGAACUGGCUGGAGCGUAAUUCGCGCAUGUGCGACACCGCACGGAAGCUCCUGACCGACUACUCUCGGAAGCAGUCCGACAGGCCUCCAGGCGUACUUGCUCCCAUUGCGCCCCUGGCCUGGAAUUGGUAUCCCGAGGGCGAGGUCAAGGUCAGGGUCGACAACUUUAAGGAGGGGGAGAAGUUUACGCCCAGGUGGGACCCCGACAUCAAAGACAAGUUUGAACAGGACAGGGUGUACGGCCGUGUAUCGCGUGAGAUCGACACGUGGUGGAUGCGCGCUCGAGAUGCCAACUACGAUGACUGGGUCGUACCGAUGCCCUCGGUUGAGUUUGCUGCAUCUCGAACUGAACAGUGCAAGAACAGCAUGCUCAACCGUUACGCCCACCACGCCCUCGAUCCCGACGACGAAGAAGAAGACGAGGAAGAGCACGAAGAACACGAUGAAGAGGAGGACAUCGAUGUUGUCGAUGAGGAAUCUGACCGAGACCCGCAUGAUGACCAAACGGCCGAUGACUCGGUCGAUGAUGACUAUGCGGACGAUGGGUACGACGAUAUGAUCGACGAGGAUGAGGAUAUUGAUGACGACGAAUCGUACAGCGAGGGGCCCCUCACCGGACUUUUGACUGAGAUCCCCAAUAUCCUUGAUCCGAAACAGAUAGAAGCCCUUCACAUGAUCGUCAAGUCCUGCAUCCUCGACUCGGCUGGCACGGGCCUCACACGCGCUGGCGAGAACCUGCAAAAGACGCGUUGCCGCAUGUUCCUGGCGCUCGACUGCGGCAAGGCGCUCUUCCGCGAGAUGCUCGUGUUCAUCGCCGUCUGGGAAAAAGACGAGCAGUCGCUUAUUUUCCAGCUCACCUCGCAACUCGUCGAAGCCAUGCACCACUCGUCACUCGUCUCCUACGCCUGGAACUCUCUCCGCAUCCCCAAGGAUAUCAUCUCGCCCGCCCAGACGGUGCUUUUGAGGCUCGUUAAUUACAUGUUCCGCAGCCGCAUCGCCUCCUUGCCCCAAGAUGCGAAGGAUCGCACCCGCGACCUCAAGCUCGUUAUGUUCUUCUUCGGCUACUUCCGCUCCCGCAUCGUUCCCGAGUGCGUCGCCUUGAUGCACCUACAGGCGCAGAUCCGCGAGGAUAACGCGGACCCGGCCGAUUUCCCCAUGGACACGUGGGACAUGGAGCGUGCCAAGGACGGGCUCGCCCAGUACCUCGAUCUCCUCACCACCGUCUCCGAGAUCCCCUAUACCCGCCCCAAGCUCAUCGAGUGGGAGGCUGUCUACGAUCUCAUCACCCUACUCAACGGCCUCGAGGCCGGUGUCCCGAAGAAAGCCCUUGUCGACAGUAUCCCAACCCGGGCUGAGGCAGCCGCGGCUUCCACAGCGACUUCAUCGCGGUCUACGUCGGACCCCUUGGUCGAACAUCCGUACUCAGCCUACAACCCGCCAGAGUCACCCUCGCCGCCCCCGCCCCCCCCUCCCCACGCGGAAGCUGCCUACAAGUACCCCUGGUCCGGUAUCAAGUCACAGAUCUUCACUAUCCUCGCCACCCUGCUCCAGCCCCGGGCGGGCAAAUCGCCCGGACACCCAGACGUCCAGCUCCAGAUGGUCCGCCACAACGGCAUCGUCCCCCUCCUCAACAGCUGCUCGUACGACGACCACAACCCGUUCGCCAAAGAGCGCGUCACCCUCUGCCUCAAGUGGCUCCUGGACGGGUGCGACGCCGCCAACGCCUUUUUCCGCGAGCUCGUAUCCAUGGCGCCCCCGCCUAACCUACGCCCCCCGCCCGGCGGCACCGCGACGAGCACCAUCCGCGUCGACGGUAUCCAGGGCGAGGUCAAGGUGCAGGUGAGGUCGAACACGGCCGGCCCGGCGUCGCACGCCCAGGAAGCGGCAUCGGGAGACAAAAACGGCGCGGCCCCGGAAAACAGACCGCAGGCGAAAGCACAGACGCAGCCCAAGGGAUCCGCGAGCGGGCAAAGCCAGGCGGAACAGUCCAAUCCAAGCCUGAUUCCGGAUGAUCCGUACGGGUUGGUGGAGGAGAUGCGCCGGCUCCAGAUGGGCCAGGGAGGGCCCCCGGCGUUCAGCGUAGACGACUUCAUGUAGGACAGAAGGAUAGCUGUUCCCGGCCGAAAAUGGUUAGCGCAGAGAUCGAGAAGGAUGCAAGAAGCAGAGAACAAAGAGACUUGAAGAAAGAAGAGCGAAGAGGAAUGAGAGAAAUGAUUAUAUGGUUUGUAUUAAAAGCCUAAUUGCAUCGCCGCGGCGUUCGUAAAUAGUUUCUGUAGAGUUGGCUUAUUGAGCGCAAUAUGGAGUAUGGAGCUAGGGUAUCACAAGUCAUCAAAACGAUGGGAAGAAGAGAAAAAGCAAGAAAGAAAGAACAUUCCGAGUCCAAAUCAACCAUCUCAUCC